GACUGUACCUUGGCGCGCCUUUUCAUUAAAACCUUCUUCUUCCCUUUCUCUCCUCAUUUCUGAGAGAAAACCCCUGUUCUUCUUCGUCGUUCUUCACCCACCAUGAAUUUUGUUCCUGCUGCAACUGAGAUGUUUCUCAAUGCUGCUUAUGCCGGAAAACUCAACAAACUCAAAAAAUUCGCAGAAGCAAUGGAUCAUGUAAUUGGAGACGGAAUAGCAUCAGUAAUUGAGAAUACUAAAGAUGAAGAGGGUAGACGAGCUAUCCAUCAUGCUGCUGCCGGAGGGAGAGUAAACGUUCUCAAGUACUUGAUUGAAGAGAUUAAACUGGAUGAUAUUAAUGUCAAAGCUGGAUCAGGUGAAACUCCCCUGGCCUAUUCAGCCGCGGAAGGGCACUUGCCCGCUGUGGAAUAUCUUCUUGAAAUGGGUGCCAAUCCUGAAAUACCAGAUGAUGAAAACAAAAGUCCUUUGCAUCAUGUCGCUACGAGAGGGCAAAAAGAUGUCAUACCCUUGUUGCUUUCAAAAGGUAUUAAUGUGGAUCUUACUGAUGAUUUUGGCUCACCGCUACACCAUGCUGCCAGUGCUGGCGAACACGAUACUGUUAAAGUUCUUCUGGAUCAUGGUGCCAAUCCAAAUCUUGUCUUCUAUGAUUCAUUUACUCCACUUCAGGCAUCUAUCCAUUCCCAAUCUCGGCGAUGCGCGGAGCAAUUACUGAAGGCAGGUGCUGAUCCAAAUGGUGGACCAGAUGGAGUAAAAGCUCUGCUACUUACAGCUGAAGUGGGGGCAACAGAAAUCAUCGAGGAACUCAUUGAGGAACUGGAUGAUGCUGGUGCAGGACCUGCAGGUUCACAUCUUAAAAAGAUAGUAAGGGGGGCAACGGAAAUCAUCAAGCUACUGGUUGAAGCUGGUGCAGAUCCAAAUGUUACAAAUAUACAUGGACUAAAGCCAAUAGAAAUCUCAGCUAUGAACGGUAAUCGUCGAGGUGUUGAGAUUCUUUUACCUGUGACUUCUCCGAUUCCAUCGUAUGUUGACUGGAGCACAAAUGGAAUAAUGAAGCAUGUAAAUUCUAAGAAGUUUGAGAAAAAGAUGACUCGUAAAAGUAAAACAGAAGAGAGUUUUCUCGAGGCAAAAUCAAGGGGAACAAGUGCAUUCCAGGAGAAGAAGUAUUGGCUGGCAGUAUAUUGGUACACAGAGGCCCUCGGCAUUAAACCUGAUGAUGCAGCUGUCCUAUCCAACAGGAGUUUGUGCUAUGUGUAUUUAAAUAAAGGAGAUCUUGCUUUUGGAGAUGCUACUCAAUGCGUAUUGGCAAGACCAGACUGGCCAAAGGCGUAUUAUAGGGUGGGCGUAGCACUUAAAAUGCAGAAUGAGCUUGAUGAUGCAGCAGAUGCUUUUUUCAGAGGUCUGUUACUGGAUCCUAAAAAUAAAGAGCUUGAAAAGGCAUUCAGGGAAGUUUCUUUAAAUAGGUAGAACGCCAUCAAUAUCCCACAUUAGACAGAAUGGCACGUCAUUGACAUAUAUGCCCAACAUUCUGAAACUUAUUUCUGGUGGAAGUUUUUUAUCAGGUUCUUUUAAAAAGUUAAAAAACCUGCUAACGUAGAUCUUGAAAGUACAUAUGAAAAAUCAGGUCUUUUAAAGCAUCGAGCUAGUCUUCCUAUGUAUAUGAAGCCAACUUAGUGAGUUUUCUUACUUCUUUUUCUUUCUUAUUUUCCGUUAACAAAACUGAUGAAAAACUGUGUAGGUCUGCUUAAUUCUAUCAAACGCUUUAGAAUGACAAUUUUUAGAUUGUUGGUUACUUAUAUCUCAGCCUAUUCAAAUUUGAAA